UUUAACCUCUCAUUGCAUAGUGAAUCGGUGCUAGUUCCAUAGUUCUCGGCCCCCGCGAUGCUCCGAUCCAUAUUUACUUUAAACAGGAGCCCUCAGGCAGGGCUCCUCCCACUUAUUGCUGGGGCCACUUCGCACUUCCAAGCUGCAAGGAUGGCAUUUCCCCAAUCUUCCCGCAUUGUGUCACAACAGUUAAUUUCUCGAACGAAGGUGGAUUUUGCAGCCAAUGUCCAGACUUCCGGAAAGCAGUCCGACAUUAACGAGGAGAAAAGGCAGAAGAUUAUAGAACUCGAGAUGGAUGUCCUGCGACAAGAAGGGCACAGAGUGCCAGAACCCGAGUUUGUAACUAGCAGCCAUUGGGAACAAAUUCUUUCGUUGAAGAGCAAAUCAGCUCGUCGGAAGUACUAUAGCUACUUGUGGCAAGUGGAGCGGAAAAGGGAGAACAAGGAAGCCAAGAAAGAGGAGCGGAAGCAGAAAGUCGAAGAACGGAGAGCAGCCGAGAGAGAAGCGGUUGAAAAUAAUCAGCAUAUCAUAUACGGACUCGGGCAUACGUCGUUUUUGCUGAGAAUUUAUGAUACAACGAUCAACCACUGGAACAAUAACAAGUUAAUCCAAGCAAUGCAAUUCGGUCCAAAAUUGGUGUUCGACUGUUCAUACGAUGAGUACAUGACCAAAAGAGAAUCGAUAAAUGCGGCAAAGCAACUAAUGUUGUGUUUUGCGACAAACCGGAAUCACACAGAACCAUUCGAUCUUCACUUUUGCAACGUUAACUUCAAUAGCACGACAAUGCAUUAUCUGGAAAAACAUAUUCCAACGAUGCGUGAGCCAGAAUUUCCGUUAAAUCUUCAUGAAGAAUGUUUCACCAAAGUAUUCCCCAAAGAAAAGCUCGUCUAUCUCACGCCCCAUUGCAAAGAAAAUCUCGAAGAAUUCAAUCAUGAUGAUGUCUAUAUCGUCGGUUGUAUGGUAGAUAAGGUGAACAACGAACCUCUAUCACUUGCAAAAGCUAAAAAAUUGGGGCUUAGAAUGGCGCGGCUGCCUUUAGACCGAUAUCUACAAUGGAAGGCAGGGUCUGGAAAGUCACUAACUUUGAACCAAAUGACAGACAUCUUAUUGGAUGUUAAGAAAAAUGGUGAUUGGAAAAAUGCAUUGAGGCAUGUUCCCACUAGAAAAACAUUCGAUUUUUCAACUGCUCCGGUUCGAUCUAAUAGAGUUACUGUAAAGAAAGAGAAUUUAGAUAGGUACAAGUUCAAUAUCGAUACUUGGAGUUCGAAAGUGCGGAAAUAUUAAGGAUGUACUUUACGAUUAGAUCUGUUAAAUGUUUUUUCUUGAUAUAAGGUGUCCCAUACGAAAUGGGAGUUUGUAAAAUACAUAUUCUCGGCUA